GCAAAUGCAUUUCUCAUCUCAAACAAAAAUGGCUUUUAGGUUUUGGGCUCUCAUCGUAACUAUUCUCGCCUUCCAAUUAGCCAUUACAAAUGCACAAUCACCGGCUGCCUCGCCAACCAUAACCACCUUACCCCCACCUUCAACUUCAGCACCUCCUCCUUCAACAGCAACGCCUCCGCCUACCACCACUCCAAUCGCACCUUCAACAGCAACGCCUCCACCUACCACCACUCCAAUCGCACCUUCAACAGCGACGCCUCCGCCUACCACCACUCCAAUCGCACCAGCGCAGCCACCUGUAACCAACCCCCCUCCAAAAGUUGCACCAGCUACAAGUCCAAUUGUCCCACCUCCUCAAACUCCACCCCCACAACCGCCACAGGCUCCUCCAACCACAGCUCCAGCUCAACCACCGGUAGUCUCGCCACCCCCAUCAGUAUCAUCUCCUGCACCAGCCCAAACACCACCGGCUCCUGCACCAGCAAAGUUGCCACCAGCACCAGUACCUGCACUUAUUCUGCCACCGGCUCCUGCACCGGUUCCCCACAAGCACAAGCACAGGCACAGACGCAGACACAGGAGGCACCAUGCACCAGCUCCAGCACCCACAGUUCCAAGUCCCCCGGCACCUCCUACAGUGCCAACUACAGAUGACACAACACCAGCACCAUCACCGAGUCUCAAUUUGAAUGGAGGAGAUUCAUUGUUGGUGGCAGGAACAAAGUUUUGGUGGGCAUGGACAGGAUUGACCACCGUCAUUUUGAUGGCUAUAACAGGCUAGGAAUCUACAAAAUGGGGGGUGGAUGUGAUUACUUUGCAAUUGCUUGUCAUACAUUUUGUUUGAAUCUCUCUAUUUCAUAACAGAGAAUAUUGUUUCAUUUGUGUAAUUAAUAAAUUGAAAUUUUAAUAAAAAUAGAUAUGAAUAAGACCAAUUAA